AUGGAUUUCGACAUAAACAUUGGUGCCUGGAAGCUUUUAAUGUGUUUGGUGCUCUUUGCCUCCAAUUUCCUCGCCGGUGCAGCCACCAUUUUUUGUUUUUCUGCUUGUGCAGGAUCAAAACAAGCGAAAAUGAUUGCCACUCUAGCCCAAUGCUUGACUGCUGGAAUUUUCUUUGGUGUCACCUUCAUGAUAAUGAUUCCCGAGAUUCCCCUUGUGAUCGAAGCGUAUGACAAAAAGUAUGGAACUGUGAGCAUCUUCAUCAACCCGUACAUGCACUGUGUUUUUGGAAUCCUUAUGAUGAUGACCAUCGAUGCAGUCAGCCGGGCCUGGAAGAAGAGCGACCCGGAAGUGAGCGACUCAGACAUUGAAAUGUCCCAGGAGCUUACGGAGGCCAGUGACAACCCGGUGGUUGUUGUCGAGAAAACAAAAGGAACCCUUAUGAAGUACGCUCUCUUCACAAUGUUGCUCUCAUUCCACUCACUGUUCGAAGGACUGCCACUAGGAUACAAGACGGACCAAACGGAGAUGACAAAGUUUUUUGUUCCCAUGCUUCUUCACAAGCUCCUUGAGGCGUUUUCCGUUGCUGCAGCCGGAUUGAAUGAACAAAAAAAACAUUCCAUGCUUGGAUCGUUCAUCCAUUCAAUUAUGACCCCUAUCGGAUGCUUUUUUGGUCAUUUCCUGGUCUCUGGCACCCCUUCACAAGCAAUGGACUCUUUCCUUCUCAUCCUCAACGGUCUGAGCACGGGAACCAUCACCUACAUUGCAUUCAUGGAGGUCCUCGUUGAUCUGAUGACCAAUGAAAAGUUCGAGGCCAUUUCUGAAGUCUUCAAGAUUGUUUGGGUCUUUAUCGGGUUCUUGGUUACUGUAGGAAUGAGCUGCGCCAUUGAAGCUGUGGAGAAGACAAGAUCAUUGGAGAACAGCCUUUUCGGAAAUGCGACAUUUGCAUAA